AUGGUAUACACCUAUUUACCUAAGUUUUAUCGGUCUUUCUCAAUUUCUUUCAUUCGCUCUUUCUUUCUCCCUUUUGCUCUCUCUCUCUCUCUCUUUCUCUCUCUCUCUCUCUCUCUCUUUCUCUUUCUGGCUUUCUUUCACUGUCUUCCUCUCCCUUGUUUUUAUCUUUUCUGUCUCUUUUACUCACAUUCCCUUUUCUUCCUUUUCACUCACACCUCUUCCUUUUCCGUUUCACUCACCCCCUCUUUCUCUUUUUUUCACUCUGCCCCACCUCACUUUUGUCGACAAUUCCUCGUUGAUUACAAUAAGGACAAUUUCGCAUUUGAUUACAAUCACGACAAUUCUUCGUUUGAUUACAAUCACGACAAUUCCUCAUUUGAUUACAAUCAUGUCAAUUCCUCAUUCGAUUACAAUCAUGACAAUUCCUCGUUUGAUUACAAUCAUGACGAUUCCUCGUUUGAUUACAAUCACGACAAUUCCUCGUUUGAUUACAAUCACGACAAUUCCUCGUUUGAUUACAAUCAUGACAAUUCCUCGUUUGAUUACAAUCACAAUUCCUCGUUUGAUUACAAUCAUGACGAUUCCUCGUUUGAUUACAAUCAUGUCAAUUCUUCGUUUGAUUACAAUCAUGACGAUUCUUCGUUUGAUUACAAUCAUGACGAUUCCUCGUUUGAUUACAAUCCUGACAAUUCCUCGUUUGAUUACAAUCAUGACGAUUCCUCAUUUGAUUACAAUCACGACAAUUCCUCGUUUGAUUACAAUCACGACAAUUCCUCGUUUGAUUACAAUCAUGACAAUUCCUCGUUUGAUUACAAUCACGACAAUUCCUCGUUUGAUUACAAUCACGACAAUUCUUCGUUUGAUUACAAUCAUGACGAUUCUUGGUUUGAUUACAAUCAUGACGAUUCCUCGUUUGAUUACAAUCAUGACAAUUCUUCGUUUGAUUACAAUCAUGACAAUUCUUCGUUUGAUUACCAUUAUGAAGAUUCUUCGUUUGAUUACAAUCAUGACAAUUCUUCGUUUGAUUACAAUCACGACAAUUCUUCGUUUGAUUACAAUCACGAGAAUUCCUCGUUUGAUUACAAUCACGACAAUUCCUCGUUUGAUUACAAUCACGACAAUUCUUCGUUUGAUUACAAUCACGACAAUUCCUCGUUUGAUUACAAUCACGACAAUUCCUCGUUUGAUUACAAUCACGACAAUUCUUCGUUUGAUUACAAUCAUGACAAUUCUUCGUUUGAUUACAAUCAUGACAAUUCGUUUGAUUACAAUCAUGACAAUUCUCGUUUGAUUACAAUCAUGAAAAUUCCUCGUUUGAUUACAAUCAUGACGAUUCCUCGUUUGAUUACAAUCAUUACAAUCAUGACAAUUCCUCGUUUGAUUACGAUCACGACAAUUCCUCAUUUGAAUACAAUCACGACAAUUCUUCGUUUGAUUACAAUCACGACAAUUCCUCGUUUGAUUACAAUCACGACAAUUCCUCGUUUGAUUACAAUCAUGACGAUUCUUCGUUUGAUUACAAUCAUGACGUUUGAUUACAAUCACGACAAUUCGUUUGAUUACAAUCAUGUUUGA